AUGGAAGCUGCGAAAGUGAUUGCAAAAGAUCUUGGUUUCUUUUUGACACAUUCAUCAACCAAAUCAAAUGAUGGCGAGAAGUACCCCCGAAUAUAUCUUCACUGCCAUCGUGGAUAUAAGAACAAUACAUAUGUCCCGGACCCGGAUAAGAAAGGACGAUCCAACACAAAGUCACUUGAAGAUGGUUGUCGUUUUCGAGUGAGACUGGUGGGACUCCCGGAGGAUAACACUUGGAUGAUUGAUGGUGUGAAGGACAAUCACAAUCCGGGAGGUCAUCAUAAUUGUCAUCACUGCCAUCAUACUCAUCCACUCCCUCAAAAGCUCUAUCUAAGUCAAAAUGCACGGGAGGCGGGGGAGAAGGAUUCUCCACAAAUCUAG